GAGCCGGAGCGAGGCCGGGAGUCCGGCCGCGGGCAGCGGGGAGUGGAAAUUUACAGCUGCUUCUGAGCGCCUGUGCAUGUUCAAGCGAUCCUUUCUGCUCACACUUUUCCAGAGGCUGACGGCCGCUUGGCAGAAGAGGAGCGGGAGACUGAGGAGCGGAAUCCCUUGUCUCUGCCACGUGUUGGUAAUCAGCGUGGGGGAAUAAAGAGGAAUUAAAUUGAAGAUAACUGAAGGCGGCUGCCGGCGGCGUGGGUUGCGGAGAGGUGGCAGAGCUGUCUUCAGCACCUGGCCAUGGGGCUGCGCUGGGCUGCCUAGGAGCCCCCACCUUCCCUCAUACGCAGAACUCCUCUCCUGAAGGAAGAAAUCCAGGUGAAGAAAAACCAUGCCUUUGUUUAGUAAAUCACACAAAAAUCCUGCUGAGAUUGUGAAAAUUCUGAAAGAAAACAUGGCCAUAUUGGAAAAACAAGAAAAAAAGACAGACAAGGCAUCAGAGGAAGUGUCAAAAUCUCUGCAAGCAAUGAAGGAAAUUCUGUGUGGGACUGCAGACAAGGAGCCGCCUACAGAAAUUGUGGCUCAGCUGGCACAAGAGUUGUACAACAGUGGCCUUCUAGUGACACUUAUUGCCAACCUGCAGCUGAUAGAUUUUGAGGGCAAAAAGGACGUUUCCCAGAUAUUUAACAACAUCUUGAGAAGACAAAUUGGCACUCGCAGCCCUACUGUGGAAUACAUUAGUGCCCAUCCACAUAUCCUAUUCAUGCUUCUAAAAGGAUAUGAAUCCCCAAGUAUUGCCUUACGCUGUGGAAUUAUGCUGAGAGAGUGUAUCCGGCAUGAACCCUUGGCCAAAAUCAUACUUUUUUCGGAACAGUUCAGAGACUUUUUUAAAUAUGUGGAAAUGUCAACAUUUGAUAUAGCUUCUGAUGCCUUUGCUACAUUCAAGGACCUGUUGACAAGACACAAAUUGUUGGUAGCAGAAUUUCUGGAACAAAAUUAUGAUGCAAUCUUUGAGGAUUAUGAAAAACUCCUUCAUUCUGAGAAUUACGUAACAAAGAGACAAUCUUUAAAGUUGCUGGGUGAACUGAUUCUGGACCGACACAACUUCGCCAUCAUGACAAAAUACAUCAGCAAACCAGAAAAUCUGAAGCUGAUGAUGAACUUGCUGCGAGAUAAAAGCCCCAACAUUCAGUUUGAAGCAUUCCACGUAUUUAAGGUUUUUGUGGCCAGUCCAAACAAAACACAGCCUAUUGUGGAGAUCCUGUUGAAAAACCAACCUAAGCUAAUUGAGUUUCUGAGCAACUUCCAGAAAGAGAGGACGGAUGACGAACAGUUCACCGAUGAGAAGAACUACCUGAUUAAGCAAAUCCGAGACUUGAAAAAGCCAACAGCAUGAAGAACUCCUCUCAUUUUCCACUGUAGGCAUUAAUCUUGUUUGUUAAUUUCCUCUGUGUCCCUUAAAUGCCACAGUAGUGCUUGAGAAGGCACAAGUGCCUGGUUUUUAUUUUGUCUUUGUUCCUAGAUGUCAAGACCAUAGGGGUUUUACAUGAAAACUAAAAAACCAAAAAUCUAGAAUAAUAUAUUCUUUUUAAUCGAGACUAUAAUUAUUUAUGUCAGUUUAGAAUCUUGCUGUAACAGAAGCUGGUUUGAUGGAUUUUCAUUUGUGCUUGAGAAGAAUGAACCUCUUUGCUUAACUUUAUCAGCAAACUCAAGCUGUUGGUGAGUGCACAGAGUAGGUCUUCUGAGGACUGUAAUGUCAUUCCUUUGCACCUGUAAUUGUGACUUUGUUCUAGUGCUGCACACACACAAGACUGUGAAAGAGUGUUUGUCUCUGGAGUUAGCUGCACUUCUAGAUCGGGUUCUAUAGUCAAAACAGGGGUAGGUAAAAAAGCAGUAAAGCUCACAUUUUUGCUUUACUUUUUUGUGUUCUUUCAUCUUUAAGGUUUUCUAUUCCCUUAGAUCAGAGGUUUUCUAUUCAGUGCCAGGGAAUGGGGGAAGACAUCAGCCAAGUGAGCUCUUUUUGCCUGCCUCCCACCUCUAUCCUCUCAGCUCCCAAGCAGUCUGAUGGGGAGCAGCCCCAGGUACGUGGUGCUGUUGUGGAGCACCAGUGAGGGAGGCCAUUUUGCACCAAAGGCCACUUGUAGUCUGGCGUUUGCUGUCCUUGUUCACCCUGAUGUGAAUUCAGGUUCUGUAUUGAAGUUGUAGAAGAUGAAGCCGUUGCAGUGUUGGUGAGUUAAGUGUAAUAAGCUCUGUGGUCCAAACAGUGUUUCCCAGGUGUGCUUGAAGAGUUUUUUUGGGUCUUGAAAUGAAAAUGUUACACUGAUGCUUUAUCAGGAAGUGGAUUUUGAGAGCAGGGGGUGGAAAUUUCUUAACUUUUUCUGGACAGCUUAAGUUCUGAGUUUUCCUAUUUGUUGUGAGAUAGUUAUUGAGCUAAACCUCUAGCUAAUGCUUCAGAUUAAAAAGGUGACCUGAACUGUAAAAAGCAGAACAAGACCUUUUCAUUGUUGUAUAUUGAGGUGAGUGAUACAUCAACUUAUGUGCUUUAGAAAAGGGAUGCAAUGGAGCAGAUUGUUGACUCAUGUUGGCUUUUUUGGAUGUUGGAUAUACACAAUAAAUUUACAUCCUAGUCGCCUGAAAUUUAAAAAGAAUAAUAACAUUUACAAGCUAUUAAAAGCAUGAUUACUGAUCA